GCAUGCUAGUCAACGGGUGGGAGUACAAACGCGUCCGCAAAGAACACAUCCACAAGCGUUGGACCAUCUGCCCCCGCGGAGGGACGACCUCUACAGCAAUCUACUCCUCAACAUAUGCACACAAAGGGAGAACAUUGGUUUUUGGACUUCAUAGUUCAAGGGGACCUUUUUGGGCCAGCUGUUUUCAUGGGACCCACUUGCGUUCUAGACGUUGGGGGAGCGGUCAAUGUUCUUCCUCUCGGUACCAUAGUCUCGUGCGCCAAGACUCCUGGAGGUUUGCUCAAGCUGCACACUAACGGCUUGUACGACGAGUGCAGACUGCCUCUCAGAGGUGUUAAAGGUGUGCUGGUGACCAUCAAGAGUUUCGCGGGGUACAUCUCGAACAUGACGUUGUGCUCUCACUUCAAAGGCCUUUGCGAUGGCGGGAACAAGCGUCUUCCAUCGCCAGAGCAAUAUCUCGAUCUCGGGCUGAUGGUGCCGAAAGAACGUCCGGUUCUUCCGCCAGAACAUGUUUUUCGGCUUCUGCCACCCCAUGAGGGGUCAUCCAGCUUGGCUCAAGAAACUCCAGGUACGGCAGUGGGGCGCGGGAGUCCGAUUCAAGACGCUGGGGGUCGGGUCAAGGGGCGCGCGCGCAGCGUUCACACGCAGGUCGGCCCGGAUGCUCCUGGGAACACGUCGGACUUGCAUUCUCAGGGUACAGGGACUCAACGGGUCGGUACUCCGAAACUCAUCAAGGUCCGCUGCGGCGGCGACACGUACUCACUUCGAGAUGAGACGAGAAGAGAAUCCGGCAGAUCGGGGCAAGAAUUUGGAGGGAAUAAGGCUGAAGGGAUGGGCGCUGUCCGCGAAAGCUCUGGCGGGGAGCAGACUCCUUCAGAGAAGAAGCGCAAGCGACAGAGGAUGGUGCGAGAGGAGGUGGCGGAAGGAACUCUCCGCAUGAAAAGGAUGAAAGGAAAAUCGGAGGCGGUGAUGGGCGGGGAUGGAGGUGACAUCGGAGAACGUGCCUCAGGAAAGAGGCCGCCGAAGGAAGAGGGUGGGACGGCAAGUAAGAAAGCGAGGAGGCCCGACGGUUUGACCAUCCGCAAAGGACAAGCCGUGGGUGGAGGAGAUUCGGUUGAUCCAGGCGCUGCGGCCGCGAGAGAACCUUCGGGGAAAUCGAAACGGAAAGUGCCAGCUGAAGAAGGCGAUGGUCAGAAGAAACCUCAAAGGUGGAAGACUGCUGAGGUGGCGAGCGGGGGCGAACAGCCUGUCGGUGAGGAGUGCAACGAAGCGGCAGCGUUCUAGCUCGAAUACUAGCGGAACGAUGGCGGUAAAAUCGUGGAGAAGGAGCUCCCCGUCC